AUGUUUAUUCCAACACCAAAUUCUCAGAACGACAAUGGCUCCUCAAGGGAGACGCAGAUGAGUACUCGCGACUUAAAGUUAACGUGUCGACUCCAUGUCUCCGCUGUCAAUAAAAGCUGCAAGAGAAUAGAACCUCAAUUAAUACCAACACUACGAUGGAUUGGCGACCUGUCCAGGAUGUUUACCAGCCUUUCGCCAACCAGUAACGCUACUGGUAAUGCUAGCAGCUCAGGAAAUUUCUAUAUUGAGGACUGGUCUGUACAUAUCAGUGGGGCUCAACAUGCCAACAGCCAGCUCACUGUUUUACAGAGGUACCCAGAGUGGGAUCAGCAGCUUGCAUCAGCUAGAAGGAACGAGCCUCAGGCGGAAAGGCCCAGGGAAGGUGACAGGAGUAGCAGAUCUCUGCCUAAAUCCUCUCAGAACAAGGGUGAUCCGUCCAACACCAGGAACAGGCGUGAUACGAAGAAAGAAACGGAGAAGAAGAAGGGAAGUGGUAAAGUGGUCAUUGUGAAAUUUGCAGUCAACUCCAUAGAUGAGACGUAUCUCAAAAAUCUUUUAGGACAGUUUGGCGCCAUCAUCAAAGUCAUGAUGCUCCGUACAUUGGCCUUUGUGGAGAUGGGUUCAAAGGACCAGUCAGAGGAUAUUGUUAAAUACUUCUCUUCAAAUCCUUUGAAAGUUAAAGGAAAUCCUGUUGAGUUCUCUGUGUCUUCCUCAAUGAACUUACUGCAGGGUUCCCGAGUUGUGAGUUUCUACCCGUUGCCCUCCGGGGAUGGAAUAAGCUCGGAGAUAAUGGCAGUGGCUAAAAGAUUUGGGCCUGUGAAGAACUCCUUCUUCUUGCCAUCUCGGGGUUUUGUGGAAAUGACUGCGUCAGAAGAUGCAGAAAAGCUUGUCGAGCACUAUGCAGUCAGUCCCCUCAAGUUACAAGGAAAAACCAUUAAAAUAGCCUUUUCCACAGAGUAUGAGAAGCUUGCUGAUGUAAAGGAAGAGGACAGAAGUUCUUUGAGAUCAGGGGCUUUGCCAAGAUCUUCCAACAGGAGAAGCCGCAGCCCGACAAAAAGACAACAGAGCCCUCGAAAACAUUCCCCCGCACCCAAAAGGAGGUGUGCGGAGACGAGAAGAUCCAAAGAAAAGACCCGUUCCUCAAGGAGCUUGAGCUCGAAAGAGCGAGACGCCGGUCAUGGUUCCAGACAGAGCUCUAAGGAGAGACCGUCUUCUUCCUCGAGCUCCCAAACUGAGAGCAAGACAGCAGAAUCAGAUAAAGAUUUGGAGGAGAGGGUGGCAACUCCCCCGAAUAACGUCGCUGAUGACAAUAAAGAGGAUGAAGGACCAGAGGUCACAGAUAUGGAUAGUGAUCUGGAGGGGAUGGAGGUGAUUGCAGAUGAUGGAGUGGAACUGCGAGAAGAGGACGAACCCGUGGAGGGACCCGGCACGGAGGAGCAGGUCCGAGAGAGUAAGUGCGGAGAAGCUUCGAAUGAGGACGAGCUAGGGCAGAAAAGGACAGUUGGAAGUUCACUUUCAGAUGAACAUGAAACCUCUCACAGUCAGACGGAAGAAAAACCUCAGGAUAGCGCUGAUGGUUUAACAGAAGGUUGUGACAAGGGACCAUCAGCUCCAGCUGUGGAAACUAAGUCCUUUGCAAAGUCGGCUCAAGAAACUGAGAACAAAGAGAGGGAGCAAAAAGGCCAUGUCCAGGAAGUAGAUGAGGAGGAGUCUGACUUCCUGCAGUGUCUGGAGAACUGCAUCACCUUGGAUGAACUUGAGGAAGUGCCAGAUUCAGAUGCUGAUUCAGAGAAAAGAUUACAGAGGCAAAGCUCAAACGAACAAAACGUAAAAGAGGUGAAAAACACAAAUCAAGAUCACGCCGCAGGAAUCACUGCUGAAAAACAAAGCGUCGACAAAGCACCUACAGACAGCAAACAGGUGAAACCAAUGAAAACAUGCCACAGGCCUGAAGAAAAGGAAAAACAGAGCAACUCAACACCCACCAGCAAAACAGAGGCACAGGACUGUAACACUGGGAAGGAAUCCGGCAGUAACUGCCAUACAGCGACGGCAAAUGGAAAUGUCAAACGAACAUUAGAUGCGUCAGAUGGUAAACCUGCACCAAAGAAGGAACCUGUGGACUCUGCCUUGGAGCCAUACAAUCCCAACAACCCAGUUGGGCGAGAGUUUGUCCGUCCCGUGGUGGGUUACUUCUGUAACCUGUGUAAUGUCAUUUAUGCCAGUGAAGAGGAAGCCAAAGAGGAACACUGCAGUACCCUCUCACAUUACCAGAAGCUUAAGGAACAUAUGGACAAAAGAAAUGGGUCAACUUGAGAAGCCUGCCCAUCUCCAGUGAGUCUGAGAUGGAGGAGACCAUGCAUCUAAACAAAUACUGCUAUUAAGGCCUGGAUACAGACAGUCAUUUUCUAGUAGAAAAUGUAUGAUUCAGUUACCCUUAAAUACACUCACUCUUAUUUAACUGACAGUUAUAUAUUUGUCCCUUUUGAAGGAUCCCUGUUCAUUUAGUGAACCCAUUUUGAAACGAAUCAGUAAAUA